GAGCACAAAUUCUGAGUAUGGGUCACCAUACUUUGCUGAAUGUCACUUCACUUUAAAAUGGGAUAUGGGACACCCCCAUAACUUGGCAAAAGUCAAUUAUGAUAAAAUUGACACACUGUACAAGACCGGCAAAAUUACAUGUUUUUCCAUGAUGGCCAUGAAGAAGGUGCAUCUAUCCAGUAACUGAUCUGGAAUCUGUGGGUGGCAAACACUACGGCUUUCUGCAUAAAUAUUUACUCAUUUAGAACAUUAACCAGACAGUGGAGCUGUCAGUGCCCCUGACUGUACAGCAUUCCAAAGCCAGCUAGACAUACAAAGAUACAGCACUGUUUUCUUUCUAUGAGUUGUGUAGUCUUCUGUCACACUGCUUCUGUUUUAAGAUUCAGUUUGAUGUGAUUUGAAAGUGAGAGCAGAAGUGCCCUUACAUAGAUAGUCAUUAGAUGUGUAAAGUCUUACAUGCUCAAUGAUUUCAAUAAAAACUUUAGGUCAUUUCCUCUCAAGCAUAUCACUGGAAGUUAAUAACCCAUCAAUGACCCAUCAAGUGCAUCUUUAACAUCCAGUGGAGUUUUUCUACAUCCCUGCUGGGCGAAACACUGAAGAUGCACAAGAGUAGGCUAUUAGAUAAGUGCAUGGCAGCAUGGUUAUAAAUAAUUAAAAGAUUUAAAGAUAUAGUAAAAGGCCACACCUAAUAUGACAUGACCAGCAUCUCACAGCGAACAAAAUCAUUUUGAUGUGUGAUGAGCAUUGUAAUAUUUAUAUAUUAUUUGGAUAUAGCUAUGCCUUUAAAAAACUAACUAAUAGUCAGCAUAUACACAGAUUAUGUUUUAUAUUUUCGAUUCUUUAAAGUAGCCACCUUUUGCUUUGAUGACAGCUUGAUCACUUCACAACUGUUAACCCCAAAAUAAUGUUAGCACACAUGUUCACAUUGACAAAAACAGGUGCCCUUUUUUGGGAACGACCCAUCCAAGGGCAGCUCUGGCAUUCAAGCUAAAAUGUCACACAUCUGCACCUGUCGCUCCCACAGUGCGUUCCCAAAGGACUUCCCAGCUGAGAUAUAUAGCCAACUGUUGUUUUCUCUUCGUAGAACUGUAUGCUGAAGCUAUUUCUCUGUCAGUCGUGUGUUGAAAUGCUACAAGAGUUUAACGAGGUUCUGUGGGCGUAGAGCUGUGUCUCCUGUGAGGUCAUUGUUUAAGCUUAAACAUGAAGUUGAACAGGCAGUUUAGGUCUGUGGCUUGAUUCUGCAGCGGGGUGGUGUCCAUACGGCUCCUGACCACACUGCUAUGAGAAGCCAGAAUCGUCUCCUCAGCCAUUUGCGCUUCUCUGAGUGACUGAGAGAUGUCCGUGAAGGAGGUAGAAGAGGAACGAAAGUCAGACCCAAAGAGGAGAUGCGCGAGACUGUUCUGGCGAUUGUUUUCUCAUGUUUUCCUCAUUUUGUCACUCAUUUUAUACGCGGUUUUAGGAGCGCAGAUCUUUCAAAAAAUUGAGGGCAAGAAUACUCACAACAAUGAGUCGGAGCGGGAGAUCCGUGCGGUGGCGCGAAAUGUGAUGGAAACUGUACAGAAUCACAGAGAUGCCUCAUCACAGGAAGCAUUAUUAAUUCAAAUAGAAAACAUUUUGACUGACUUCCGGAAUGAAACGGAGAAGAAUCAGAACUGGAGCUUCUACAGUUCGCUUUUCUUCUCCUGCACAGUGUUCACUACUAUAGGUUAUGGACGAAUGUAUCCAGUGACUGAUGAAGGCAAGGUGGCUUGUAUCGUGUAUGCGAUGGUGGGCAUCCCUCUCAUGCUGCUAGUCAUCUCAGAUGUGGGCGAUGUCUUAGCUGUUCUUCUCUCUAAAGCAUACACUCACCUCAGCCUUUUCUUCAGGCAAUGGAUCUUACAUCGCUCAUGCAUACACAGGCUUGAAAAGGCAUCGCCUCCAAAACAAUUUCAAGGUGCUGAUACCAAUGACACCUAUAUGUUCACCCAGGAUGUUGUGGUGAACAAGACAAAGAACAUUCAACAGGUGAUAAAAACCCAGUCGUCCCUCAGACACACUUCCGUAAAGAUUAGUAACAACAAAGAGAUCUUUGACCGCAUGAUCAUUAAGGAGAACUUCAAGCUCAAAGGCUCUCUGACAAAAUCCUGCUCAUGCCCAGAUCUCGACCGUAUACCACGUCCCAAAACCAAGUCCAAGUUAUUCGUUGGCAUCGGACAGGAGAUGGACCACUUUAAAGUCCCUCUGCUGGUUAUCCUGCUGGUGGUAUUUGCAUAUAUGGUGUUCUGCAGUCAAAUUCUGAAAUUCUGGGAGAAGCAGAUGGGCCAUUUCGAUGCCUUUUAUUUCACCUUCAUCACCUUGACCACCAUUGGCUUUGGUGACAUCGUGCCUGAACAUCCAAAGUACUUCAUGCUAACUUUUUUGUUUAUUAUCAUGGGCAUGGCCAUUAUGAGUAUGGCCUUCAAACUUGGCCAAUCGCGAAUUGUUAGCUUUUACAGGCGGUGCAUAAAGUGUGUUAGCAUGGGCAAGGUAGGAAUAGAUGAAGACCUAGUCCUAGACAGUAGCUGAAGGCAGAAAGAAGCAAGAUGCUUUUUUGUGGCUUUGCUAAUGGCUCAGGAAAAGCAUGAGCAUCCUCAGCACAAGAUGGAAAUGUGUUUUAAUAUUUAUAUUCCACUGCCAGUUGAAGGGAAAUGAACCACAGUCCUGUUGCACUAAGCUAGUAUAAGAGAAAGAGACUCAGAAUGAAGUAUACACUCCUGUUAACUAUUUCAGCCAAAAACAAGGAAAUGCAAGAAAAAAUCGACAAAAAUAGCAUGGGACAUUGUUUAUGUUUAAUUUGUCUAGAUAUGUAGCCUGUCAGAAAAAAGCACUAGCAAUGCAAGUCACUUAGCAAGUCCAUUUAUUCCUGACAUUUAUUCAUGUUCAUGCAAGAUGUAUUGUAUAACCUACUGGGUGUUCAUAAUAUAUCCGAUAAGAAUAUAAUCAGUAUUUUUUUUAUUUUUCAUUCAGUGACAAGAGUGUAAUAUGAUAUGAACUUUCUGAUCAAUGCAUUACUUUUCUCUUAGUGGCAUUGCUGUUAUGAAAGUGUGUAUGUAAAAUAAAUUGUAUUUACUAAUACAAACACUAGUAUGUAAAUGUAGCCUACACCUGUAAUAUCUUGGCUGUGAAAUGUUAUAUUAUCAACUGAUCAUGCACUUUGAAACCAAGUGAAUAAAUGAAUUAUUCAGUGC